UUCUAGGGGUUGGCGGCGGAGACAGGAUUUGCUGGCGCGGAGAUAUCAGAAGCAGCCUGCCCUACCCCUGCUCCGACCACUGUUCAGGUCCUGUUUCUCCUCUGCCCCAUCUAAAGAAUAAUAAAUGGGGAGAGACUGAGGAGCGUGCCCCGCAGACCGAUUGCACCGCUCCGCCUGUUGUCGCUGAAGUUGGGGUGGAAUCCAAGGAAGACAGGUUGAACGAAAUUGCCUGGGAAGGAUUCCAGCUGGCUUGGCUUGAAUCAUGUGCCCGCCCACUGAAACAACAUAGCUGAGUGCCAGUGAUUCACACGGAAAACAGGCGCACAUGUGUAUGCAGGCGACCUAAGAAACGUGGUUUAUUUCUCUCGGAACAGGCAAGGAUUUAGAAACGGCCAUCAGCUGAGGCAUUUGCGAGGCGGCCCUGUCCCAGUCCGGAGGUCGGGAUGGACGUUUUCCCCUAAGCAGACGCUCUUAAUAAUUUGGUGCGUCAAUGAAUGGACCUGCUCUCGUGCCGCGGAGUUAACUGCAGGACCUCUAGGACACGCAAAGCGCCAGCUCGCCUGAGUUUUCCUUGGUUUAGGUUUCCCACAAAAGCGUGGUCACACCAAAAACUCAUCACAGAUACGAAACAGGCCCCCAAACUUUUUUUCCCAGAACCUUUACUCCCCUCUUACCCCGCCCCCUGAGUUUUGCGCUUCGCCUGGUGAGUUGAGCGACCUCUUCGUCUAGAAAGCCAACUCUGCAAAAUCCCAGGAGCUAAAUACCUAUCAACCAACCAACCAACAUCCCUGCAGAGAUAAGCGAGAAAACAGCAACCCGGCCAACCACACGCCCCUGUUUUCCCCGGGCUUAAAAAAAAAAAAAAAAACCAGCCUGUUGCCGCGCGAUGCAUGCUAGGACGAGUAGUUCCUUCGACCCGCGAGGCGCAAUAUUAGGCCGCAGAUCUGGCAGACCUCCCCAGAAGAGUACUACAAUUCCCGUCGUGCCCUGCGGCAGAAUGGAAGGGGCGGAACCCGAGAGAGCGCGUCGCGCUUGCGUACAUCGUGGGGCCAGAGGGAGGAGGAGGUGCAGCGGUCCAACUGCUAAAGUCUCCAUGUGACAGCGAGCUGGGUUCCAGCUCCAGGCGCCGCUGGACUCUGGUUCCCGACCCCAAGCACUAGUCACUGUUCUGGAGCCCGCAGGCACGACCAGGCGGGGGACGUUUUUGUGUUUAGCUGUGCCGCAAGAGGACUUGGGGCGCAGAGUGAAUUGCCGCGGGGGCAGGUGCCUGAGGAACCCCGCUGAGACCCCGGCGUCUCCGAAAUUGGCGGAGCUGAGAGGCGAUCGGGGAUUUCUGUCAGCGUUGGCGCCAGCGAGCGUGGAGUCAUGAACGGCUUCACGCCUGAGGAGAUGAGCCGCGGCGGGGACGCGGCCGCUGCAGUGGCCGCCGUGGUCGCUGCCGCCGCCGCCGCCGCCGCGUCGACCGGGAACGGGGUCGGAGCGGGCGCCGGGGCUGAAGUGCCCGGCGCUGUCGCCGUCUCUGCAGCUGGGCCCCCAGGAGCGGCUGGGCCGGGCCCCGGACAACUGUGCUGUUUGCGGGAGGACGGUGAGCGGUGCGGCCGGGCGGCAGGCAACGCCAGCUUCAGCAAGAGGAUACAGAAGAGCAUCUCCCAGAAGAAGGUUAAGAUCGAGCUGGAUAAGAGCGUAAGGCAUCUUUACAUUUGUGAUUAUCAUAAAAACUUGAUUCAGAGUGUUCGAAACAGAAGAAAGAGAAAAGGGAGUGAUGAUGAUGGAGGAGAUUCACCUGUUCAAGAUAUUGAUACUCCAGAGGUCGAUUUAUACCAAUUACAAGUAAAUACACUUAGGAGAUACAAAAGACACUUCAAACUACCAACCAGACCAGGACUUAAUAAAGCACAACUUGUUGAGAUAGUUGGUUGCCACUUUAGGUCUAUUCCAGUGAAUGAAAAAGACACCUUAACAUAUUUCAUCUACUCAGUGAAGAAUGACAAGAACAAAUCAGAUCUCAAGGUUGAUAGUGGUGUUCACUAGGAGAGAUGGAAUUGAGACUAAGCCUUGUAUGUUCAGAUGUUAAGACUGUUUAUUGUUUUUCACAUGUAGAAAUAAAUGUUUCUUGUGUAUUUUUUCUACAGAGGAUUUUCUCUGGUUUUAUUUUGUUUGUUUCUGACUCUAAUAAUUAGCUGGAAACUCAUGUAAAAUGAGCUUUCCUAGAUUAACAAAUAUUUUAAAUAAAGGUUAAUACUAUUAUA